UAAAGGGUGGCAACAGUUAUGAGGCACAGCUGUGAGCUUCCCCUGCUCCACCGACUUCUUCUUGUUUACUGUGUUGUCUGCUCUUGCUUGUCUCCUCCUUUGGCAGCUGGAGAACUGGAGGAGUUGUGGAAGCCAACUUCAACCAUUGAUGGGCCUUCAAGGCCCUUGAAGAUUACCUUUGAUGGGCCUGCUAAGCACUGGACCGACGCCAUCCCCAUCGGCAAUGGCCGUCUCGGUGCCAUGGUUUGGGGCGGUGUUCCAUCGGAACUUCUCCAACUCAAUGAGGACACGCUUUGGACUGGAACUCCUGGAAACUACGCCAACAAAAAUGCUUCACAGGCAGUGGCUCAAGUUAGAAAGCUUGUUGAUGAUAGAAAAUACUCUGAAGCUACGGCGGAAGCUGUCAAGUUGUCCGGAGACCCUUCAGAUGUAUACCAACUUCUUGGUGAUAUCAAGUUAGAAUUUGAUGAUUCUCAUCUUGCAUAUUCAAACGAGUCUUAUCAUAGGGAGCUGGAUUUGGAUACUGCAACAGUAAAAAUCAAGUACUCUGUAGGAGAUGUAGAAUUUACCAGAGAACAUUUUGCUUCUAACCCAGACCAAGUCAUAGUGACAAGGUUUUCAGCGAGCAAACCUGGGUCAUUAUCAUUUACAGUGUAUUUUGAUAGCAAAAUGCAUCACAGUUCAAGGGUAAGUGGCCAAAAUCAGAUAAUGAUUGAAGGAAGCUGUCCUGGCAGGAGGGUCCGGCCAAAAGUGAAUUCAGUUGACGAUCCGAAUCCAAAGGGAAUUCAGUUUUCUGCAGUUCUUGAUAUGCAGAUUAGUAAAAAUAAAGGGGUUAUACAUGUUUUGGAUGAUAAGAAGCUAAGAGUUGAAGGCUCAGAUUGGGCUAUUUUGCUUUUGACAGCUUCUUCUUCCUUCGAUGGCCCAUUUACUAAGCCUGAAGACUCCAAGAAGGAUCCUACCUCUGAGUCCCUCAGUAAAAUGAAUUCUGUGAAAAAAAAUUCAUAUGCUGAUCUUUAUGCACGUCACUUGGAUGACUAUCAAAAUCUUUUUCAUCGUGUGUCAUUGCAACUCUCUAAAAGCUCCAAAACUGCUCUAGGAAAAUCUGUUUUGCACGGAAGGAAAUUGGUUUCCUCCCAAACCAACAUCUCUCAAAUGGGAGGUGAUGUCUCCAUUCCAACUUCAGCAAGAGUCAAAUCUUUUCAAACUGAUGAAGAUCCUUCCUUUGUGGAGCUUUUGUUUCAAUAUGGUCGAUAUCUUCUAAUCUCUUGUUCGCGUCCUGGGACCCAGGUGGCAAACCUACAGGGUAUCUGGAACAAAGAUGUUGAGCCUGCAUGGGAUGGUGCUCCUCACUUGAACAUUAAUCUUCAAAUGAAUUAUUUGCCAUCCCUUUCUUGCAACCUACACGAGUGUCAAGAGCCCUUAUUUGAUUUCAUGUCCUCUUUGGCAGUCAAUGGCAAAAAAACUGCAAAGGUGAACUAUGGAGCAAAUGGUUGGGUUGCACAUCAAGUUUCUGACAUAUGGGCUAAAACAUCGCCAGAUCGAGGUGAGGCUGUCUGGGCUUUAUGGCCAAUGGGUGGAGCUUGGCUUUGUACCCAUUUAUGGGAGCAAUAUAUUUAUACAAUGGACAAAGAUUUUCUUAAAAAUAAAGCAUAUCCUUUGUUGGAAGGAUGUACAUCAUUUUUGUUGGAUUGGUUGAUUGAAGGCCGAGGUGGAUUAUUGGAAACUAACCCAUCAACUUCACCUGAGCACAUGUUCAUUGCACCAGAUCGAAAGCCUGCUAGUGUGAGCUACUCAUCAACCAUGGAUAUUUCAAUCAUAAAAGAAGUUUUCUCUAUAAUCAUUUCUGCAGCUGAGGUUUUAGGAAGACAAAAUGACGGUAUUAUCAAGAGAGUCACUGAGUCUCUGUCUAAGCUUCCUCCGACAAAAGUUGCUGGAGAUGGUUCCAUUAUGGAAUGGGCAGAAGAUUUUGAGGACCCAGAUGUACAUCAUCGACAUGUUUCGCAUCUGUUUGGGCUGUUUCCAGGGCACACAAUUAGUCUAGAGAAAACUCCAGAUCUCUGUAAAGCUGUGGAAUUAAGUCUAAUUAAAAGAGGAGAUGAUGGUCCAGGGUGGUCAACAACUUGGAAAGCUUCACUGUGGGCACAUCUUCACAAUAGCGAGCACGCAUAUCGUAUGAUAAAACACUUGAUUGUCUUGGUGGAUCCUACUCAUGAGCGUGAUUUUGAAGGAGGACUUUACAGCAACCUGUUCACAGCACAUCCCCCUUUCCAGAUUGAUGCAAACUUUGGUUUUACAGCAGCAAUUGCAGAAAUGCUUGUUCAAAGCACAAUGAAGGAUCUCUACUUGCUUCCUGCGUUGCCGCGAGAUAAAUGGGCCAAUGGUUGUGUGAAGGGAUUAAAAGCACGUGGCGGGGUAACGGUCAACAUUUGCUGGAAAGAAGGAGACUUGCAAGAAGUUGGCCUCUUGUCAGAAAGUCAGAAUUCCCAAGUGAGACUACAUUAUAGAGGAACCGUGGUCUUCACAAGUUUAUCACCCGGCAGAGUUUACUCAUAUAAUAACCAGUUGAAGUGUGUGAAGACAUACUCCCUUAGCAAAGUGAAUCCUUGAAUCUUACCCACAAAUCUUCAAAAGGAACAUCCAUUGCUUUUUGCAAUUUGUCAUUGGAUUCAACGCUGGAUGUAUCUUGCUGGAUCAAGUCAAGAUACAUCUAUUUUCAUUCCUAAGAUUUAUUCCUCAAGAGUCAUUUAGCCACGGAGGAUGUAAUUUAAAGGAGGAGUUUUAAUUCAUGUAUUUGGUUUACAGUGUAAAACCUGUUUAAUAUUAUUGUCAUUGUCAUUCAGUUAUUAAACUUCACAGGGGUGGACCAUAGUUGUUCUGCUGAGCAUCAAUAUGUUGAGGAAUUAGUCUAGGCUUCCCAAAUUAGAGGACAAGUUGAGCGUGGUCUAACGAUGGCUCUCAUAGUUGUUCGGUUCAAGUUGACUCCAUAAUUAAGAGAAUUUCUUGUAUGAACACUAUUCAUGGAACAAGAAUUUAAGGUUAUUAAACAAAAUUUAAGUGUA